CGCGUCCGUGCGUCACGUGACACACCAAACCAAAAUGGCCGCUCCUGUAUUUUGACGUAUAACAGCUAGCUAGUAGCCACUUUUCUAUUUGUUUCAUUCUUAGCGGAAUACCCUUGAACAAAAUAUAUUUUGGGUAAACCGCCUCUACCCAUCUACAUAGCCUCGGUUUUAUAACUUUUACCUUAAAGACAAUCCAGACUGACACUUCUUUGUUUAACGAGUGACUAUGCUGUGGUUGUAGAAGCGGCUAGCUUCUAGCUGGCUCUGGCUGGCACAUAUAGACGGGUCAGAGAAUAUAAAGAACAAGCAUCACAAAGGAACCAUGGAGGAGCUCAGUGCCGAUGAGAUCCGCAGAAGGCGCCUGGCCAGACUGGCAGGAGGACCGACCUCUCAGCCUAGCACCCCUCUCAGCACACCCCUGACCUCCCCACAAAGAGAGACCCCGCCGGGGCCCCUACCUGGACCCUCAGGAGCCACAUCCCAGCCCCUGCCCCCGGCCGCCUCUCAGGCCCUGGGGCUCAAUGUCCACAGUGGGACCCCGGCCACAUCCCCCAUGGGCGCCUCUGGGGUUGUCUAUGGGAGUCAGAGCAGUGAAGGAGUGAGUUCUCUCUCCAGCUCCCCCUCCAACAGCCUGGAGACUCAGUCACAAAGCCUGUCCCGUUCCCAGAGCAUGGACAUCGACACCGCCUCCUGUGAAAAGAGCAUGUCCCAGGUGGAUGUGGACUCGGGCAUCGAGAACAUGGAGGUGGACGAGAGCGACCGCAGGGAGAAGAGGACCCUGGCUGAGAAGGAGUCCUCGGCCAACUCAGAUGUCUCUGAAGAGCAGGCUCUGCAGCUCAUCUGUAGGAUCCUCCGCGUGUCCUGGAAGGAGCCGGACCGCGACCUCAUCUAUCUCCCCUCGCUGGCCGCCGAGUUCCACCAGAGCCCUAAAGACGUGUACUCUGACUUCAAAGACCUGAUUGGCCAGAUCCUGAUGGAGGCGCUCCUGAUGUCCAGCCAGUCCCGCGUCCACAACCCCUUCUCCAGCCUGACAGCCACCUCCCAGCCCAUCGCCGCCGCCAAAUCCCCCGACCGCCGGCUGACCCUGGUGCCCCCCCCCAGCCAGGGCAGCAGUCCCAUGGCCCCCUGCGCGGGCUCCUUCGGCGCCAGCUCUCUGUCCAGGCAAGUACCGCUUCAGCAGGCCGCGGACGGCACCCAUCUGGGGGACCGGUCCCCCACCCAUCUGGGGGACCGGUCUGGGAGACCGCCAGCCUCCUCCUGGGGCCACAUCUUCAACGCUCUCCGUUCGCAGACAGACAUAGAGACUUAUGCCGCUUUUCCACUGCAUGGUACCAGCUCGACACGACUCGACUCGACUCAGCUCGCCUUUUUUGCGUUUCCACCGCGAAAACAUGGUAUCUGGUACCUGAAGUGGCUGCUUUUUCUAGUACCGCCUCGCUCUAGGUUCCAAGCGAGCACUACUCGUACUAGUAGCCUGCUGGCCGUGGUCCCUGUGUCCGUGGGCCUUCCGGGACGACCCCCCCCCCCCGCCCCCAGCCCCCCGGCCCCCGCCCGGCUCACUCUGAGUCCCCCCAGCGCCCCCCUCCCCAUCUCCCAGCGGUACCGGCCCUACUCGGUCACCUCCCCCUGGGCGGUGCCCGCCCCGCCCAGCCCCGGCUUCAGGCGCGCCCCCCCGCCCCCCCCCCGGGGCCCCUCCCAGCCCCCUAGGCCUCACCGUGCCCCCCGGCCCCCCGGCCCCGCUGCCUCCGCCCGGCCCCCCACAGCACGUCAAGUAUUUAUUCCUACAUUCACUUCUGCAUUCUUUCUUUAUUUACUUUUGAUUGCUUCUCGUUUUGCAUGCGUGGAAGUCAUGUCUUCUGCCAUGUCCUCCUCCUGUUCUUCAUCACCUUCUCCCCGCUGUCUCCUUCAUGCCUUCUCAAGCAUCGCUCCUCUUCCUCCCCCUCUGUCCUGUCCUCCUCCUCUUCCUCCUCCUCCUCUGCUCUCGGGCAGCCCCCUCUCCUUCCUCUUCUUUGCACUCUCUGACAUGUCUCGGGACAGCAGUGACGAAGAGUCUGAGGAAGAGGAGGAUUUUACACAGGUCCAAUUUGGGUCCAGUGCGGGGGCAUCAGGAGGGGGCGGCGAGGCAGCCAGCGACCGCUUCACCAUCGAAGUGUGCAAGGAGACGGAGAUGCUGAACUACCUCAUCGAGCGCUUUGACAAUGUGGGCAUAGAAGAGAAGAAGGCGCCCAAGAUAUGCAGCCAUCCCAGCGUCAGCCAGCUGAUGAGCAACAUACGCUCACAAUGUAUUUCUCACGCCACCCUGGUACUGCAAGGCUCCCUGACCCAGCCCAGGAGUCCCCUGCAGGAGUCCCUUCUGGUCCCCUACAUGCUGUGCCGGAACCUUCCGUACGGGUUCCUCCAGGAGCUGGUGCGCAUGACCCACCAGGAGGAGGGCGUCUUCAGACAGAUAUUUAUCCCCAUCCUACAUGGGCUGGCCCUGGCAGUCAAAGAGUGCUCUUUUCAUGGUAAGGACUGCUCGGUCGAACUCUUGGCGUUAGCUGAGCUCUGUGAAAUCAAGUUUGGAAAGACUCAUCCUGUGUGCAAUUUGAUGACGUCUCUGCCCUUGUGGUGCCCCACCCCCCUGAGCCCGGGCUGUGGCAGGGAGCUCCAGAGACUGUCCUACAUCGGGACCUUCUUCAGCCUGUCGGUCUUCGCCGAGGACGACUCCAAAGUGGGGGACAAGUACUUCUCUGGGCCGGCCAUCACCAUGGAGAACACCCGGGUGGUCAGCCAGUCCCUCCAGCACUACCUGGAGUCGGCCCGGGGCGACCUGUUCAAGAUCCUCCACAACAUCCUGUUGAACGGAGAGACCCGGGAGUCGGCCCUCAACUACAUGGCAGCUCUGGUCAAGUCGAAUGUGAAGAAGGCUCAGAUGCAGACGGACGACAAGCUGGUGUCCACGGACGGCCUGAUGCUGAACUUCCUGUGGGUGGUGCAGCAGCUGAGCAUGAAGAUCAAGCUGGAGACGGUGGACCCCUUCUACAUCUUCCACCCGCGCUGCCGGCUGGUGGUCUGCCCCGAGGAGACGCGCCUCAAGGCCACCAUGGAGGAGCUCAAGAGCUGGCUGGCCGGCCUGAAAGACGACCCCUCUGCGUUCUCUGAGCCCAAGUUCCCCACGGAGUGCUUCUUCCUGACGCUGCACACCCACCACCUCUCCAUCCUGCCCGCCUGCCGCCGCUACAUCCGACGCCUCAGGGCCAUCCGGGAGCUCAACAGGACGGUGGAGGAGCUGAAGAACAGCGAGAGCCAAUGGAAGGACUCUCCUCUGGCCAGUAGACACAGAGAGAUGCUGAAGAGGUGCAAAACACAGCUCAAGAAACUGGUGCGGGCCAAGGCCUGUGCGGACGCCGGCCUCCUGGACGAGAACCUGCUGCGUCGAUGCCUCCAGUUCUACAGCACCGUCAUCCAGCUCAUCCUGCGCAUGGUGGACCCUGCUUACCCCCACAUGAGCCUGCCGCUGAACCCAGACAUCCCCAAGAGCUUCGCCGCGCUGCCGGAGUUCUACAUCGAAGACGUGGCCGAGUUCCUGCUCUUCGUCGUGCAGUAUUCUCCCCAGGUGCUGUACGAGCCCUGUGUGCAGGACGUGGUCACCUUCCUGGUGGUGUUCAUCUGCAGCCAGAACUACAUCAGGAACCCCUACCUGAUCGCCAAGCUGGUGGAGGUGCUGUUCGUCACCAACCCGGCCGUUCAGCCGCGCACGCAGCGCUUCUUCGAGAUGAUGGAGAGCCACCCGCUGGCCGUCAAGCAGCUGGUGCCCGCCCUCAUGAAGUUCUACACCGAUGUGGAGCACACGGGCGCCACCAGCGAGUUCUACGACAAGUUCACCAUCCGCUACCAUAUCAGCACCAUCUUCAAGAGCCUGUGGCAGAACGCCGGCCACCACGGGACCUUCCUGGAGGAGUUCAACUCCGGGAAGCAGUUUGUGCGCUACAUCAACAUGCUGAUCAACGACACCACCUUCCUGCUGGACGAGAGCCUGGAGUCCCUGAAGCGCAUCCACGAGGUGCAGGAGGAGAUGAAGAACAAGGAGCAGUGGGACCAGCUGCCCCGGGAGCAGCAGCAGACCAGGCAGUCCCAGCUGACGCAGGACGAGAGGGUCUCCCGCUCCUACCUGGCCCUGGCCACCGAGACCGUGGACAUGUUCCACAUCCUCACCAAGCAGGUCCAGAAGCCCUUCCUCAGGCCUGAGCUGGGCCCCCGUCUCGCCGCCAUGCUCAACUUCAACCUGCAGCAGCUCUGCGGGCCCAAGUGCCGUGACCUGAAGGUGGAGAACCCCGAGAAGUACGGCUUCGAGCCCAAGAAGCUGCUCGACCAGCUCACCGACAUCUACCUGCAGCUCGACUGCGCUCGCUUCGCCAAGGCCAUCGCUGACGACCAGCGCUCGUACAGCCGCGAGCUCUUCGAGGAGGUCAUCUCCAAGAUGAAGAAGGCGGGCAUCAAGUCCACCAUCGCCAUCGAGAAGUUCAAGCUGCUGUCGGAGAAGGUGGAGGAGAUCGUGGCCAAGAACUCCCAGUCGGAGAUGGACUACAGCGACGCUCCGGACGAGUUCAAAGACCCUCUGAUGGACACCUUGAUGAGCGACCCGGUGAUCCUGCCCUCUGGGAACGUCAUGGACCGCUCCGUCAUCCUGCGCCACCUCCUCAACUCGCCCACCGACCCCUUCAACCGUCAGCCGCUCACGGAGAGCAUGCUGGAGUCAGUACCGGAGCUGAAGGAGCGGAUCCAGGCCUGGAUGAGGGAGAAGCAGGGAGGCCGUCUGCUCUAGGAACCUCCUGCAACCAUUUCCCUGUCAAUCAGCCCCCCGCCUCCCCCCCCCCCCCACACAAAGACCACACAAACGCUGCCUCGCCCGGCGAACCACCGCCAAGGGGACGUCAUCCGGACUGAAGUCAGAGUCACCACUGUAACCACAGCAACGACAACAAAACAUUCUGGACAUUAAAAAAAAGUUUUUUGAUUUUACCCGCAUUCUUUUUUUUUUCUUUAUCUUAUUUUUGUUGUCUCAGACCCCUUGUUUGAAGGUCCUCAAAAAUAACAAAGCAUAAUAAAGUUACAACUUUUGAAAGGG